UGUUCACGUUCUCUCACAGCGCGAAAACUUUCAGGUCUGCUGCAACACAACAGCACUCAGAAAGCAAACAUGUCAAAGAUAGACAAGAUGAGCAUCUUAGGGGUGAGGAGUUUUGGGAUAGAGGAUAAAGACAAACAAGUCAUUACUUUCUUCACUCCACUGACUGUGCUAGUUGGACCCAAUGGAGCAGGGAAAACGACUAUUAUUGAGUGCCUUAAGUAUGCAACAGCAGGAGAGCUUCCGCCUGGAUCUAAAGGAGGGGCAUUUGUUCAUGAUCCAAAGGACGCCCAUGAAACAGACGUGCGAGCACAGAUCCGACUGUUAUUCUCAGACGUCAACGGAGAGAAAGUGACUAUCCAUCGCUCCAUGUCCUGCACUCAGAAGGCGAAGAACUACUCCUUCAAAAGCUUGGAGCAAGUCAUUACCCGAAUAAAAGACGGUGAGAAGGUGAGCUUGUCAUCAAAGUGUGGCGAACUGGAUCGGGAGAUGAUUUCUUCACUGGGAGUGUCGAAGGCUGUGCUGAAUAAUGUCAUCUUUUGUCACCAAGAAGAGUCCAACUGGCCACUUUGUGAGGGCAAAGCACUCAAAGACAAGUUUGACUCCAUCUUCGCUGCAACCAAGUACAUCAAAGCUCUGGAAACGAUGCGUCAGUUGCGUCUCAAACAGAGUCACACAGUGAAGGAGUGUCAGGUGGAGCUGCGCUACCUGAAGCAGAACAAGGAGAAAUCCCAGCAGAUUAAAGAGACCGUGGAUACCAAAGAGGCUCAGCUGAUGGCCUCUAAAGACAACAUCCAGCAAGUAGAGAGCCAGAUUGAUCCACUGGAGAAUCGACUGACGGAUAUUGACACGAAACUGGGGAAAGUGAUGAAGCUGGACAACGACAUCAAGGCUUUAGACAGCAGGAAGAAACAGAUGGAGGAGGACAACAAGGAGCUGGAGGAAACUAUGGAACAGGUUUUCCAGGGUUCAGAUGAGCAGCUGCAGGAGACUUACCAGAACCACCAGAGGACGGUGAGGGAGAAGGAGCGCAGGCUGACAGAUUGCCAGAAGGAGCUGGAGAGAGCUGGUCGAGAGUGUCAGAGACUCAACAGGGUCAAGGCCGACCUCCUAGUAGAACAAGGUCGUCUCCAACUAGAGGCUGACCGCCACACUCAAAACAUCAAGAACCGAGACACUCAGGUUCGCUCUUUGUCGUCCUCUCUGGAGAUGGAGGGUUACGACAGACCUCCCUUCAGCAGUCUUCAACUUGAAAGCUUUAAUCGUCAAGUCACACAGAGACUGGAUCAGGAGAAAGAGACGGCCAAUCAGGUUAUGGCUGACCUGCAGGAAAAGGAUCAGCAGAAGCAGCAGUCCAUUGACGAAAUGAGAGAUAAGAAGACCGGCCUGGAGAGAACGGUGGAGUUGAAGAGAGACAUGCAGGGAAAGAAGCAACAAGAAAUGAGGAACGUCCGGACAGAGCUGCUGAAGCUCGAGGGUUCGUCCGGCCGGCUGCAAGAACUGGAGAAUGAACUGGCUAAAGUGGAGCGCGAGCUGCAGAGCGCGGUUCAGAGCUCCAACGUGGAGGAGCUGAAGGCCGAGGUGCUGGAGCUCCAGAGAGAGAAGGCUGAACUCGACCGCUUACAGAGACAACUCGACCAAGAGAUGGGGUUGCUCAACACACACACCACCGCUCGCACACAGAUGGACAUGCUAAAAAAGGACAAGACAGAGAAGGACGAGCAGGUUCGUAAGAUCAAGUCUCGUCACAACGAGGAACUGGUGUCGUUGCUCGGCCACUUUCCCAACAAGAGAGAGCUGGAGGACUGGAUCUAUUCCAAGUCGAAGGAAAUCAACAGCACCAGGGACCGACUUGCCAAAUUCAAUAAGGACCUGGCUUCAAAUGAGCAGAACAAAAGCCACAUCGCUGCUGAGGUACGGAAGAAGGAGCAGCAGUUGGCCAGCGACGAAGAGAAGUUUUUCAAUGUGUGUGGCAGUCAAGAUCUGGAGCAGGACCUGGGCAAACUGCGAGAAGAUCUGGAAAAGAUCUCCAAACAAAGAGCCAUGCUAUCCGGAGCAACAGCGGUGUACACCCAGUUCAUCAGCCAGCUGACGGAGGAGAGAGAGCCCUGCUGCCCCGUGUGCCAGCGGACGUUCCCUUCAGACUCUGAUCUGCAGGAAGUCAUCAGCGACAUGCAGUCCAAGCUGCGCCUGGUGCCAGACAAGCUGAAGAACACGGAGACGGAUCUGAAGAGGAAGGAGAGGAAGAGGGAGGAGAUGAUGGCUCUCAGACCUGUCAGGCAGUCCAUUGUGCAGUUUCAGGAAAAGGAGCUGCCUGAGUUGAGAAACCGCCUGCAGACUGUGAAUAGAGAAAUCGAGCGGCUGAAGGGGGACGUGGAGGAGCAGGAGACUCUGCUGGGUGUCCUCAUGUCAGAGGAGGAAACCGCCAAGGCCUGCCUGCAGGACAUUUCUCUGAUGGACAGAUACCUGAUGGACCUUAAAGAGUUGGAGAGGAAAAUCGCUCAGCAGGCAGCCAAACUCCAGGGAGUAGACCUGACCAGAACCAUCCAGCAAGUCAGUCAGGAGAAACAAGAAACCCAGCACAAGCUAGACACAACUUCCAGCAAGAUGGAGCUGAAACGCAAGCUGAUCCAGGACCAGCAGGAUCAGAUUCAGAUGCUGAGAAGUUCGGCGAACGAGACGAGGGCAGAGAAGCUCCAGCUGAGCAGUGACAUGCAGAAACAGCAGCAGCUGGAGGAGCAGUGUGUCGAGUGCACCACGGAAAUACAGACCCUCACCCGGGACAUCAGGGAAGCGAAGGAGCAGCUGUCCCCUCUGUCUGCGUCUCUGGAGAAGCUGCAGCAGGAGAAGCAGGAGCUGGUGGAGCGCAGGAGGCAGAGGCAGGAGGAGGGGCAGGAGAAGAUCAAUGCCAUUAAAGAAAAGGUGAAGUCAAUCGGCAACUUGGAAAAAGACAUCAAGAAAUAUGUCGAAGACGGCAAAAACGAAUACAAAGAGCAAAAAGAGUCUGAGCUUCAAGAAACCAACACUCAGCUCCACGAGGCUGAGAAGAAUAAAGACAAGAUCAACAAGGAGAUGGGAAACAUCCGCCAGGACAUUGACACUCAAAAGGUCCAGGAGCGCUGGUUGCAGGACAACCUGACGUUGAGGAAACGUGUCGAGGAGUUAAAGGAGGUUGUGGCUAGACGUGAGGUUCUUCUGAAAGACAUGGGCAACAUGCAAGUCCUGCAGCUACGCCAAGAACGACGUGAUGCCGACCGCAAGUUGGAAGAGUUGAAGAAGAACCGCAGUAUUGCAAUGGGUCGUCAAAAAGGCUUCGAGGAGGAGAUACUGCAUUACAGGAAGGAGCUGCGAGAAGAUCAGUAUAACAAAGCUGACGAGCGCUACAAGAACAAGAUGAUCACAAUGAGGACAACCGAGCUGGUCAUUAAAGAUCUGGAUCUCUACUACAAGGCCCUGGAUCAAACCAUCAUGAAAUUCCACAGCAUGAAGAUGGAUGAGAUCAACAAGAUCAUCAGAGACCUUUGGCGCAACACCUACAGGGGUCAAGACAUUGAGUACGUGGAGAUCCGCUCUGAUGUGGACGAAAACUCGUCUGCUGGAGUGCGGCGGAGGGUUUACAACUACAGAGUGGUCAUGGUGAAAGGAGACACCGCUCUGGACAUGAGGGGGCGCUGCAGUGCCGGGCAGAAGGUGUUGGCGUCCCUGAUCAUCCGUCUCGCUCUGGCAGAGACCUUCUGUCUGAACUGUGGGAUCCUGGCCCUGGACGAGCCCACCACCAACCUGGACCGAGACAACAUCGAGUCUCUGGCACACGCCCUCGUAGAGAUCAUUAAGAGUCGCUCUCGCCAGCGUAACUUCCAGCUGCUCAUCAUCACCCACGACGAGGACUUUGUGGAGCUGCUGGGCCGCUCCAGCUACAUCGAGCACUUCUACCGCAUCCGUAAGAACCAGGACCAGAACUCUGAGAUCACAAAGUGCAGCAUCACCUCCCUCUCUACCCAUCUCAACUGAGCAGACCAAAGACUCUAUACUUCCUUUGAAAUGCACAGUAAACCUCCAUCUUCUUGUUUUCAUUUCAGUUGGGCAAAUUCAGCGUUGAUUUAGUUGAAAAAAGGGAACGAGUUAAUUGGUCUUAACCCGCCAAAGACACUGACUGACAAAUAUCCAUGAUUCAAAAUAUUGUCUUGAUAAUGUGCCUUUAAAAAGUCACUGUUUCAUAACAGAAAAUGUGCUUUACGUGAUGCUUUAUUAAAUCCUCCAUUCCAGUAAGAAAUGACCAGAUAAAGUACUAACUAAAAGAUCAAAGUUCUGAUUCUAAUCUAAAGCAGGAACAGCUUCCGUGUUAAGCAUCAUGAUGUUUGCAUGGUCUUGGCAUUGUGCGUUUCCUGUAGCCAUCUGCUGUCCAUGUAUCUGUUCUGCUUAAACAUUUGGAAAGUUCACAGUUAUGUUUCCCUGUUUUCCUCUUUGUGAGCUCAUUACGUUCUGUCAUUAAAUCUUGGAAUGGUUUGCUAUUUACGAAUAUCUCUUGAACGGUUGUUUAAUUGAAAGGUAUAGAUUAGCUUCAGAGAAUCGUUGCUCCUUUUUGGUGAAGUUUGUCACAAACCACAGCUUAAUCAAAAGAUCUUAUCUCACACAAACUGCAGACUCAUUGCAGUUUGUUUUUUCUAAUGAGGGGGAAAACGUUGCGAAGGCGGGGGCAAAGCAAGUAUAAAUCUUUCGUUCUCAGCCAAGUAUUCAGAACAAGCGUCAGCUGACAUUUGAGUGAUCAAGUCAAAGAAAACUUGAAAUAACUUCAACCAGAGGUCGACAGCCAACUAGCUAUAAUAAUGAUGAUGAUGAUGAUGUUUCUGUCCGCCGCCACACUGAUGCUCGGCCCAGCUGUUGGCAAGCCUCAUGUUCCUCUAGAUAACCUAAAGGUCAUCAUUGAUAAAAUACUUAAUUGGACUGGAUUGGCCACGAAGGAGAUCUGGGUGGAGGACUUGACCAGUCUGACUGGAGAAUGCAAGGAUAAGUUCUUCUGUAAAUCGUUUGAGAUCCUGAACAAGACGGAACACCACAGCCAUGAGGAGGAAGUCCUUUUGAGAAACUUGAAGGCUUACAUCGUGGGCACUCAUGCAAACUGUACAGAGGGACCAAAAGAGGAGAAUAAGGAACUCAUUUCCCAACUCAGGUUAAAAAUCCUCCGUUGUGCCCAGCGAGUUCACAUGCGCGGUAACGUCACUACUCCCACACCUGAGACCCAGCCGCCAGUGGAUCAGCCGAGUGCCUGAGUGUUUCAUUUUUAUUUUACUAUAGUUUGAUAUUUAAGAUAACAUUUUAAAUAUGUUUUCAAAGUGUCAUUUUUACCAAAAAUCUACAAAAUAUUGGGGGAAGAAAUUUGAGAUAUUGAAUGAUUUAUGUGACAUGGUUUGUUUCUUGUAACACUGUUAAAACAAGUUGUUAAUAAUUUAUUUUUAUGAUAGCAAUUGUUUGUUUUUUAGAAGCGAUAAUUACAAAGAAUGUUUUUUGAGUUAUCUUGAAGGAAACGUUUAUCGGCAUCCUCAGGCACAGCUAAAACAUUGGAUUAUUUAUGACAGAGAUCUCUAUCAAAUACACCUGCAUAUUUAUUUGUCAUUGUAUUUAAUCUAAAUUAAUAAGUUAAUUAUCUUUAUUUGAAUUAUAUAUUUAUUGUAGUAUAACACAGUGUUUUCAAUAGUUGUUUACAGAAAAAAUAAAUUGUGUUGCCCAUGA